AGAACUUUUACAGUCUUCACGGGGAAGAUGGCCUCUUUUCUGUGUGUGAGAGAGACCUGUUCUCCGAAAGUCAUGCUGUCUGCACUUCCCAUCACCAAGCACUCAUUCGGUUAUCAGCAACAUUUCAGAGCUCUUGAGAUUAAUGACUGUUGCCAUGUAAACUGUGUAUUAUAACGGGAAGAAGGAAAUACCAGCAGGACAGUGCACAAAGUAGAAACCAGGGAGAGUUCCUGAUGCUCCGGGUUCCACAUGGUAGCAGUGAUUUUAAAUGCAGACAGUUUCAGUAUGGGCAACACGCUGAGAGCAAUCCUUGCCUUCAUCCCUUCUGACGACUGUCAGAAAUACCUCCUGGGAGACCUUGAAGAGAUGCCAAUUGACAGAACGGUGGAUCUGAGCAGCAGGCAGCUGAGGAGAUUUCCCUUGCAUGUUUGUUCCUUCAGGGAGCUCGUCAAGCUGUACCUGAGCGACAAUAACCUGCAUCAGCUGCCCCCAGAGCUAGAACAGCUGCAGAACCUCCAGAUCUUGGCGUUAGACUUCAACAACUUCAAAGCGCUGCCCCUGGUGGUGUGCACCCUGAAGCAGCUGUGCAUCCUCUACCUGGGCAACAACAAGCUCUGCGACCUGCCCCAGGAGCUCAGCCUCCUGCAGAAUCUCAAAACCUUGUGGCUCGAGUCCAACUGCCUGAGCUACCUGCCCGAGGUGGUGUGUGAGCUGAGCCUCCUCAAGACCCUGCACGCCGGCUCCAACGCGCUGUACACGCUGCCCGCUGGGCUGCGGUGCCUGCAGGAGCUGCGCACCAUCUGGCUCUCCGGCAACCUGCUGGCUGACUUCCCCCCGGUGCUGCUGCACAUGCCCUUCCUGGAGGUGAUCGACGUGGAUCGCAACGCCAUCAGGUCCUUCCCCAGCCUGGCUCACCUCCCCGGCCUCAAGCUGGUGAUCUACGACCACAACCCCUGCAGGAAUGCACCCAAGGUGGCCAAGGGGGUGCGCAGAGUGGGGAGGUGGGCGGAGGAGACCCCCGAGCCCAGGAAGCGCUCCGAGCUGGGCAGGGAGGAGGAGACCGAUGACAAGGAACUGCCACUUCCCCCUGACAAGCAGCCCCAGCCCUGCUAAGGAUCAGCCAGGCUGGUGCUGCCAUGGGCAGCUGGCAAAUUGUCACCUGUGCCCUUCUCCUCUGGCUGCACGGAAUUUGCGCACCUCUGGCUGGUUACAGCAAAAAUGCCUUUUAAAUAGAGCAUUUCUUCACCUCCUGCUACCUCAGCUGUUAAAUGCACACGAUAGUGCCUAGACUGUUCUUCACAACAGUAUUUUAGAGGCCUGUAUGAUCUCAUUUAGUAGGUGUAGCUAUUUAAAUAGAUGUGCCAUCAAAUUUCUCCCUCUUAUCCCAAAAGCCUCCAAACUUAGGGCUAAAACCCAGCACUUCCUUUUUUAGGAUGAGCAGGUGAAAAAUACUGUAUAAAGCCGACCCUUUGAAGUGACGGAACGGAUUUGCAUCUAGCAAAAUCCAUUUUAUUCCAAAUGCCGCCUAAGAAAGCAUGACUGAGUGAGUUUUUCCUUCCCCUGAUCACGCUGUAGCACUUGUAAGUGAGCACUGGCCGCCGUACCCCUUAUGUAGCCUGCAUCAAAAGAAGUGUUUCUCAUGCAAAUGAUGAAAGGGAUCUCAGCAGCUUGUCAAGACCCCCUCUUCUGCCUGGAAAGAGGGUGUAGCAAACAUCAUUUGACUGUCCCCAGCUAACACCUUAAAUGACUAGACUAAGCCCGAGAGAGAAUGAGGUUUUUAUUUUACUUUGUGCCUUUGCUAGCACUUUAUGCAGGGUCAUUUCUCCAUUCCAUGGGGUGGGUUUUCACACCUGCAAAAGGAGUUGUUUUGUUUUGUCUUUUUAAAGGAAGAUCUGAUUGUAAAACUACAAAAAUUUGGCAGAGCAACUUACAGGCGUAAUACCUAAAUAUGCCCCCAAACCUGCUAACACACCUAUGCUUAACUACAGCUAGCCCCAGCCUUCAAUGGGACUACUCCCCUGCUAAUCUUUGCACAGCUGAGGCCUGUACUUCUGCCACCACAUGUGGAAAUGGGCUACAUUGCAUGUUUUGUGCUAAUGUGUCCCGGGUAAUGACGACUGACUCAAAAUGGGUUGAAGUUAUGUCUACUAAGUUAUACUUGCAGAGACUGUUCUUUUGAUUCAUAGUAUUUUUUUUAUAUUCAGCACCAAACUUGACAGGUUAAUGGGGUUUUCACAGCUACCCGUCUCUGUCAUCUUAACAGCACAAUACACAAAAAUGACAGUUAAUUUUCCAUAAAAGGUUUGAUUUAGUGACUGUUUAAAGUCAUUUACAUUCUUGAAAGAAUAUUUGGAAAGUAGAAAAUCAGUUAGUCCUUGCUGUCUAAUUAACGUAAAAUCUGGAUUUGGAUCUGGCUAGUACCCACCUAGCGUGCUUCCUAUUUAUUAAACUAAUGAAUUGGAGUUGUACUCAAGCGCCUUUAGCAGAGGGAAGCCAUACUGCUCUGGAGUUAACUGGAUUACUUUUCUCAAAGCCUUUGCCAAAUCUUGUUCUGCCAAACUAACAAUCAUUUCUUUCGUGAAAUAAAGGGAAUAACAUUUGGAUUUUAUAUAUGAAGAUGCAUGCCUGCUUCUUGUUUCCACUAGAAUUAAUGUGACUCUUUCCUGUUUGGUCUAAUGGGGGCAGCUUUCCUUUGCUACACAUACGAAAUCUUAUUACUGGGCAAGAAACUGCAACUUUUUGUUUUGUACACCUGUGUAACAAUAAAAUAAGCCCAGGCGGUACUGACGGUCUACUAUAGCUUUCUGUAACAGCCCUUUCACUAGCUGCCCUAGGAAGAGCUGUUGAAAUAUUUUAUUCAGCCUUGGGCAUCACUGCCCUUUUGACAUAAUUUAGAUCAGUAGGGUCAAACGUGUGGCCCUUGAGGGUGACUGAAAAUUAUUUGUGACUUGAAAGUAUGUUCCCUAAGCCAUACCCCAUAACUUUCAAAAAAAAAAUGGAAGGAUUUAAAUCAGCCCUAUCACAAGGCUACAUUUCUGCCUUCUCUUGCCACUCCCCUUUCAAUUUUUGAACAAUACAGGAAUGCGACUGUGCCUCUCAGUCCUGCUGGUGACCCCUUGAUGUUCGGCGCUGCGACUGAUGAGUUGGACAUUAAGGCUGGGAUUCACAAGAGCUAUUUAUAGGCGUUGGAUCCUUAACUAUGUUUAUGACUCCCAUCCUAAGUGACCACAAUCACUGCAUGUACAAAUAGCUGCACUGGGGCUCUGGUGACAUUGAUUGUUACUGCGAACACUUACCAGUCACUGCCGGUGAAAGUCAUGUCUGUAUUUUGACCCUGAUGUAACCUUUUGAAAUGCUGUAUUGUACAUAGAUUGGCGGGUUUAAUACAGACAUCAGCAAAUGGGACUUCAGAUACUCAUGUAAAGUUAUUAGAGCCACAACCCAAUCGUCCGUCACUUAUUUUACUACCAUCUUUUGAUGUGCUGAUAAAUUCACACCGAGUGAACAAAUCAGAAGACUGGACUCAAGCCAAGCUUUACAGCUUCAAUAAUUACAUAAGGGAGUUCUAUACUAAAUGGUGAGCCAUUUUUUCCCUAUAGAAGUCCUUACAGGUAAGAAAGUGCAAGGCUGGUUGUAGGCAGUAACAAUGGCAGCUCUAUGAAGUUAAUAUUCAGUAUACAUAUUAAAAAAAAUUAAUGGACAUACACACAGUCUUGCACUUGAACAUUUAGUUUCACUUCACUAUUUUUCUCGGAGUAGAAUAAACCAAAUUGAUGCAGAUUUCUAAACAGUGGGAAAUCUAGAUAAUUUGUAUUUAUUUAUAUUAUAGUAGCAGCUGGAAGCCCCAAGCAGGGUAGGCUGAAAUCGUAUAGGCUACAGUAAAGGUGGGUCUGAGAGAUUUGAAGAGAGUAGUAGCCUCUUGGAUCAAUUCAGUUUCAUAUGGAAGAGAGAAGAAGGCAGCAUCCUGCUCGGACAGAUAUACAAAAGAAAGCAGCAUCAGGCCCUUAUUUGAAUUAAAUAGAGAUUCCAUCAUCAUUGCUAGUUUCCAGAUAUAUCUGAGAGAGACAAGUCUGAGGAUGUGAUGCUCCAUCUUAAGCAAGCUGGCUGGGAUUCUAUUCUGAGUGUUGGUAGCCUGCAGCUCGGCAGUGAAAAUGAAGGUGGCCAGAGAACUGUGUGUGCUACCUUUCGGAACCAGACUUACAUUUUUAUCUCAUGGCUACAUGCUUAAAACAGAGUGAGAAUUGAGCAGACACUACAGAUAAAGCGGGUCAACUAUUAUAGAAAUAUCUGAGUUUUUAAAUGUCACACGCAUUAUUUUUCUUUCUAGCUGUAAUGGAUAAUGCACUACCAGAUCUUAGCCCUGUGUCACUACUGCAAGACUGACUAUUCGCCAUGUAACUGUGCAGGAUCACAUCACCUAUGGGGGAACAAAUAUUUAUUUAGUAAGCUGUGGUAAGAGCUGCAGUGUUUGAAAGAUCAGACAGCUCGCAGUGGAGCUGGAGUAAGGGGCAGAGUACAAAUGCAACCAUCAGAAGUGCAUGAUAAAUGUCAUUACCACAUGAAUGUCAUCACAUAGAGUGUACUUACAGAUACAUUGUUUUCAAAUAUUGUAACAGAUAGCAAGUAACACAGUUCAGUCUAUUUAAACAAUUCUAAGAUUUUUCCUGUUGAUCUAUCACAUCUUUCCAGAGGAUGUUGUGUUGGAACUCCAGUGCAAUAUAUACAUAUCAGAAGAUUUGUACAUUUCAGCUAAACACUGCUCUAUCUUAAACACCUGUCCCUGAAAUGGAUGAGACAACACACAAGUCUCUGGGCAAGAUUAUUUUGAACUGGUUCCAAGGUGUCCUUUUCUAGACAACAUCGACAUUUCUGUCUUGUAGUUGGCAAGAAUAACUUUUUCGGGCCAAAUGUAACCGUGUGAUGAAGAGCGCCACCUCAGAGUUUUGAUCAUGAAUAACCUUCAUAACAAGGAAAAUUACAAAACCAGGAACUAGCAACUUG